GCCAGCACGGAGAAAAAGGGCUGGGACCUGCCUGGGACCCCCCUGCCUGGCACUGCCCGCUCACCUCCGUGGCCAGGCCUGUGUUCCAUCCCCUGCACCCACCGGUGCUGCGGCUCCCCUUGCAGCACCAGCCCUGCAUACUGGUCCCCCCCAUGCUGCAUCCCAGUCUCCCUGCCCUGCAUCCUGCAUCCCGGUCCCCCUGUCCUGCAUCCUGCAUCCCAUCCCCGUGUCCUGCAUCCCAGUCCCCACACCCUGCAUGCUGCAUCCUAGUCCCUCUGUCAUGCAUCCUGCAUGCCAGUCCCCUUGUCCUGCAUCCCGGUGCUCUCAUCACUCAUCCCGGGGUGGUGGCGCUGGACACUGCCCGGCUGGCAGGCGCCUGAUCCAGGGCCAGGGCUGACACCCCUCAGGGCAGCGGGGCAGGAGCAGGAUGGGAUUUUGCUUCCAGGGUGGUGGCUGCAGAGCUGUUUUGGGGCCAGAUCCAAUCUCUGCAGGGAGCUUCACUUCUAGGUCUGGUGCCAAGGGAAAAGGACAUGUGAAACCUCAGCCCGCGACCUUCCAGUCCCCCACCACAGGCUGGGGACUCUGAGCGCUGGUGGCUGUGGGCCCCAGUGGCACUGAUGGCAGUGGUCCAGCGCCAGUGAGCAGCAAUGCCUCCAGGAGCAAGUGGCCCCAGCGGGGUGUUGCAGUUCUCAAGGGCUCUCAGUGUGGAAUCCCGGGCCCGGCUGCGAGCGACUACGCUCAGGCAUCAAAAUGCUCUGUCCUGAUAGGCUGGGGUGCUCCGAUGUGUCAGGGUGCUCCAGCAACCUGGGAUGCUCUGCUGGUGACGGCCGCAGCCCCGGAGCGCGCAGCCCGCUCCCGCCUAGGCGGUGGGGUCCGGCGGGGCUGAGGUGAAGCGGGCGGGCCCGGCAGCGGCGGCGGCGGGGGCCGAUGCCGAGGAGGAGCUGACAGCGGCGGGGGAAGCGGCGAGGCAGACGCGGAAAUGGAUUUACGAUCGGGAGUGGCCGUGUGGGUGCUGUGCGGCUUCCUCCUGCAGCAGGGCCGGGGCGAGCGGCCCCCCGGCUCCCACCUGGACGAGACCGCCAUCGCAGCAGAAUUCUGCCGCAUUGACAAGCCCUUGUGCCAUGAUGAAGAUGAGCAGCUCAGCUUUGAAGCUGUCCGCAACAUCCACAAGCAGAUGGAUGAUGAUGCCAAUGGCAACGUGGACGUAGAGGAGAGUGACGAGUUCUUGAGGGAGGACUUGAAUUAUCAUGACCCAACAGUCAAGCACAGCACCUUCCAUGGAGAAGACAAGCUCAUUAGCGUGGAAGAUCUCUGGAAGGCCUGGAAGACAUCUGAAGUGUAUAACUGGACAGUUGACGAGGUGGUUCAGUGGCUCAUUACCUACGUAGAGCUGCCACAGUACGAAGAGACCUUCAGAAAGUUGCAGCUGAGUGGACAUGCCAUGCCCAGGCUAGCAGUGAACAACGCUACCAUGAUGGGAAGUGUUCUGAAAAUGACAGAUCGAAGCCACAGGCAGAAGCUGCAGCUGAAAGCUCUGGACACGGUGCUUUUUGGGCCUCCUCUCUUAACUCGUCACAACCACCUGAAGGACUUCAUGCUGGUGGUGUCCAUCGUCAUCGGAGUGGGUGGCUGCUGGUUUGCCUACAUCCAGAAUCGCUAUUCAAAGGAGCACAUGAAGAAGAUGAUGAAAGACCUGGAGGGACUCCACAGAGCUGAACAGUCUCUCCAUGACCUUCAGGAGAGACUGCAGAAGGCUCAGGAGGAGCAUCGCUCUGUGGAGGUAGAAAAGGUGCACCUGGAGAAGAAACUGCAAGAUGAGAUCAGCAUUGCCAAGCAGGAGGCACACCGGCUCCGAGAACUGCGGGAGGGCACAGAGAAUGAACUGAGCAGGCAGAAAUAUGCUGAGCAAGAACUGGAGCAGGUUCGAAUGGCACUCAAGAACGCCGAGAAGGAGCUGGAGUCCCACUGCAGCUGGGCUGCGCCCGAGGCUCUGCAGAAGUGGCUCCAGCUGACCCACGAAGUGGAGGUCCAGUACUACAACAUCAAGAAACAGAAUGCGGAGAAGCAGCUGCUAGUGGCCAAGGAAGGGGCUGAAAAAAUUAAAAAGAAGCGAAACACCCUGUUUGGAACAUUUCAUGUUGCUCACAGCUCAUCCCUAGAUGAUGUUGAUCAUAAAAUCUUAACUGCAAAGCAAGCACUGAGUGAAGUGACGGCUGCGCUGCGGGAGCGCCUGCAUCGCUGGCAGCAGAUAGAGCUGCUCUGUGGCUUCCAGAUCGUCAACAACCCAGGCAUCCACACCCUGGCAUCAGCCCUUAACAUUGACCCCAGCUGGAUGGGCACCCCGCGGCCUAACCCCUCACACUUCAUCAUGACCGAUGACGUAGAUGAUUUGGAUGAAGAGAUCGUGUCUCCCAUGUCCAUACAAUACGCAGCCUGGCUUUUCGGGCGCAGGUUCAGUGACCGCUCGUCUCUGUCCUCGGAGGAUCAGUCCCUCUGGAAAUACCCUGCUCCUGCCUUGCCCACCACAGUUCGCCAGCGCCUGGUGGACCCACAGCACGCCCACGGAUCUCAGAGAGACUUAACUCGCUGCGACUCCGACUCCUCCAUCCCGCACCUGAGCGACCACCAGCGUAUCCCCAGCUCUGCACCCAAGCUGCUGGCUGCCCGGCCCAACCUUCUGACCAGGUCCAUCGAGGAGGCUGCCCCCGGCCACCCUGCCAUCGGUGCGCCCACCCCCAACGGCGGCAGCAGGCACGUGGAAGUCUCUGCCCUGGGGGCUUUGCCGGAGCGACUGCCCGAGAGCCCCAUGGUGAUGAAGAAGAUGAUGAUGGUGAACCACGGCAUGGAGAAGUCCUCCAGCCUGGGGGAGAUCAGCCACCCGACAGCCGGCAAGCACAGCCACUCGGAUUCCUCCCGGUCCCACAGCCCCAGCUCCACCGACCCCGACACCCCCUCCCCCAUCUCUGACUGCCGGCCCAGCAGCGCCAAGAGCACCCGCAUCCCGCAGCUGGCUGCCAAGAAGAGCCCGGGGGACGAGGACAGCAGCUUGACAGGCGAUGAGGUUGACCUCGGCCAGAGCAAGAAAAAGUUCCCCCUAAAGAUCUUCAAGAAGCCCAAGAAGUAGAGAGAGGACGGGGGGGGAAGAGGAAACCCACCCAGGAGCACGACCCACUGGGACCGGGGGGCAGCCGUGCAUCGGGAACGCAGCACACCCGCCCAGCCCGGACCCUGCGGGCUCGGGUGCUGGCCAGCACCCACUGCCCUCCCCUCCGCACCCUCCGUUUCUGAGUCACCUCGCCUAACACUGGCAGUGGGAGGAGCUAUUUAAACUUAUUUAUUUCCUGAUCUCUGAGACAAAAAAAGAAAAAAAAAAAAAAGACGACGACUGCUCCCCCCAAAGAGAACAGCCGCCCUUUCUCCCCUUCCGAUUGCUGCAGUCCCUGGCUUUGCUGUGCAUGGCUUCCAGUUACUCCUGCCUCUGCUCAGCCACACGGCAUUUGGGUUUGGUUUCAAUGUGGUUUUAUUUUUUUAUUUUAUUUUUUUUAUUAUUACGAUUAUUAAUUUCUUUUUCCGGUUCUUCUGCCUCUUCCAACUUUUGCACAGGCUGUAUGGAAGGUCGGGGUGGUGGGAGCCUGCUGGGGAGUGCACGGAGCAGGGCCGGCUGCUCCCCGAGGAGGCAGCGUGCUCGGCUCUCGGGGUGACUCAGGUGCGAGCGUUCGGGCGAGCUGCCUCGCAGACGUUGCAGCGGUUCUCUCCUCAUUUCUGUGAGUCAUUUUUGACACCCCGGCCCCCAUCGCUAUGACGGUUGGGGGAAUCCCUGUUUGUGUGCUCUUGAUAAACAAGAGCAAGUAAAAUGCCCUUGUGAGGGAGGGCUCUGCCCUUGCCGGUACUUGCGCAUCCAGGAGCUCUGCCCGCAGCGUGCCCUUGACCCCCUUCCCGCUUGCGCUGGAGGCAGCUGCAGCCCGAUGGGUUUCCGUGGUGGGACAGAGCUGCCCACCCAGCUGCUUUGCCUGGCCGGCCAUGGCGCCAAACCCAGCUCCUCCAAACCCAGACAUGCCCUGGGGGCUCAGAGGGGCGAGCAGUGGGGUCGCGGGUGAUGGAGGAACACCAAGGGGCGUUGGUGCAGAGUCAGGUGCAGCCGCCAGACCGCACAAUGAGGGGGCUGCGGGGGCUGGUCCCUGUCCCUGUGUCCAUGUUUGGCAGGGCACAGCGGGGCUCUCCUUGGCUGGGAAGAGGCAGGCUGUGUGGGCAGGAGUCUGAAAAUGCCCUCCCCUCUCCAGGGUCUCCCCUGAAGCAGGCUUGCCCUCAGCCCGGGUGCUGGGGGCUCUGCACCCUCCCCGAGGGGAGGCAGGCGGGGAUGGAGGUAAGGGCAGUGUGGGCAGCAGGACGCUGGGCGGGAGGACCCCUGCCCUGAGGCCACGCUCCAGCCCGAGGCCGGGAUCUGCCUGGCUGUGCCAGCCUGCGGCAGGGCUUAGUCCGUCCCAAACUGCCGCCCGGAGCACUCCCGUCCUCCCUCGGCAGGCUGUGGGUUGCAUCCUGCUGCUCAAAGCCCUCGUCGCGGUGUGCUCCCCCCGUCACAGCCCUGGCUGCUGAGGGGGACUCCCCAGUCCAGGGCCGUCGCAGUGGGCCAAGUCCUGCUCCGUUUGGUGCCUCGCUCCAUCCCCAGGGCCAAGCCCGGCUCCGGGCACAGCUCCACAGCCCCUGCCUGCAGCACCCAGUGCCGGGCCAGCAGAGGAGACCCCAGCCACCCUCCCGCAUCCCUCAGGGGGCUGCUGCCUGGCACGACACGCCCUGCCCCCCAGAGCUCUCCACCAAAGCCUGGGAUCCCUGCCCCUACUGCCCCCCUCCAUCCCAAGCCCCCCGUGCUGCCAUCCCACAUCCCCAGAGGUGGGCUGCUGCCCGAGGCCGCCCCAGCUGCUUCACCUGCUGAGGGCAGAGGAGGAUGCACGUCUGGCAGGGGAAGGGGAGGCAGAGGAGGCAGGGUGGGAUGCUGAAAGCCCCUCGGGGCCUUGCUUUAUGCCAGAGUAAUAUAUAUGUGUAUGUUGACAAUACAGGAAGGGCUAUAAAGGUGUUUUUUGUUUCAUAGGUGGUAGUUAGACAAUUACACUGUUGCUUUGAGAUAAGUGAAAAAUUCCUCUAAAUGACUUAAGUGCCUGCAUUUCCCCGCGGCUGCUCUGAGGCGUGGGGAAGGGGGGACGCCACGCUCGGCCCCCAUGGUCGGGGCUGCUGCUGCAGGCGCCCCGCCGCCACGGGCAGGGCAGGCUCCGAGCAGCUCGGCCACCUCUGGGAGCGGGGCCGGCGGCGGCGGGGUCCCAUGGGUGCCUGGUGAGCAGGGGCUGCCCGGGCUGGAGCCAGGGGCCUGGUGGCACUGCUUGUGGUGGCGGAGACCUGUUGAUGCUUCUGGAGAAGGGGUUGGGGAUCCACCAAAUGGCAACUGUUGACGCAUCUGCCAACUCUUGAUUUUUUUUUUUUUUUGUCAUUUCAUAAAACUUUUAAAUCCAAUAAAGCAUGUAGUCUAUUUUACGA